AUGGGGAGCAAACACAUAAAAGUGCAGAGUGAUGCAGAUAAAGGGCAAGGCGCUGAGGAAAACACCUGGGUGCAAUUAGGGAUGCCACAUAUUUCAGAGGAGCAACACAGCAAACUGAUGACUCCCACAGAACCGAAGAAAACAGAACAUUUUGUGUCUUUUCCAGGGGAGUUGUCAACAGGUGCAGACAAUGAAACAUUACCAGAGCAACUGAGAAAAUUAGACAAAGAAAAUAAACAUCGCGGUGACAAAAUAGCAGAACUGGAAGCUUAUAUUUUAAAACUACAGAGUUCCCAAAGCUUAGCAGAGCCAGAAUUCAGAGGAAAUAAGGCUGUUGACAAUCAGCAGAUUUUAGAAGAGAAAUUAAAAGAGUAUGAAGUUAUGUUGGAGGAUAGGACAGACGAGUCGGAGAUCUUGAAGAAGAAGCUCAAUGAGGUGGAGCUUUCGUAUCAUCAACUUCAAUUUGAAUGUGAUGCCCUCAAAGGCAAGCUGGCUUCCGUGAGGGAACUGGAAUCACUAGAUUCUCUCAGCAGUGAUGAGGAAACAGAAGGGAAACAUAGUGCCAAAGCGGAGCUACUCCAAAGAGUCAGAGGUUUAGAAGGACUUUUGAAGAUUCAGGAAAUGAGUGAGAAGGAGUUAACACAAACAGUCAGAGAUCUUCAAGGGGAACUUUUGCGUAGCCAGGAGAUUCAGAGAGUGCUUGGCUUACGCUGUGCCAAAUUGGACCAGUUGACAAAGGAGAAAGAAGAUGUGGAAAGCAAGUUAGAAGAGAGGUACAGUCAAGUCGAGCAGCUACAGAAAGAAAAGGAGAAGUUGGAGGAAGAUUGCCAAGAGCAAAUGAAAAUGUUAAUUGAUGAAAUCAAGGAACGGGAUGAAGCCCAUUCCCAGCUUGAGGUGAUUAACAAAGAUUUGCUUCUGAAAAUCAGGGAACUAGAAGAGUCCAAAACUUGUCUUGAGUCAAAGGUUGCCAAAUUCAAGAUGGACCUGGAAGAAAGGAUGAGUAGUGAAUUACAAUUGGAAAAGCAGUGCUCAGAUCUGGAAAAAACUAUCCGAGAUUGGGAAAAUUUUGAGCAACAGCUGAACGAGCAGUUUAAGCGGGUCGAAAGUAAGCAAAAUAGCAAAAUAAAGAAUCUUAGAAAGCAGCUUGAAGAGAAAGAUGAAACAUUAAAAAAUACCAUGCAAAUGGUGGAAGAACUCAAGAAAAGCAUCAAGGAUGCAGAGAGUCAACUUCAUGAGAGGCAGCACGUCUCUCCAGAGAUUCUUAAGGAGAAGAAGCAACUCGAAGCAGAGCUGAGCAGAAAGGCUGAAGCUGAAAUCGAUAAGGCAGAGUUCAUUGUGAAGAUGAGAAGCAGGUUUGAAAUGGAGGUGAAUGAGAAAAACCAAGAGCUGGAAGACUGCAAGGAUGAAAUUGAACGCUUGAAUGAAGAAAUCGGACAGCUGCGGGAGCAACAGUGGCGGCACCAAGAAGCCGAAAGGAAGCUGCAAGAGAGGAGCAAGAUGCUGGAAGAGCUGGUGGAAGAUCUGAAGGAAGGGGAGACCAAGGUCCUACAGGAGAAGAUAGCUCGCAUGGAAAAGCUGCUCAAUAUGAAGGAAGACACUGAGGAGACAUUACAGGCAAGGAUUGGGAAACAGGAGACUUUAUUAAAAGAAAUGGAAGAGACCGAAAGAAGGCUAGCACAACGGAAUGAAGAACUGGGGAUCAAACAACGUGGGAUGAGUGAAGAACUACAUCGUUGGAAAACCAAGUGCUCCAACCUUGAAAAAUUUGAAAGGGAAGUGAAACUUGAGUCAAAAUGCCAGAGAGAUAGGAUAAAAGACUUGGAAGUUACCAAAACCAAUUUGGAGGUGCAACUUCAAAAGAAAAUCAGCGAGUUUGAAGAGCUUGACCUUUUGAAGAAGAAAGAACAAGCAAGUGUUACAGCAGAGCUGAACAAAAAGAUUGAAGAGCUUGAGUUCAAAGAGUCUGUCUGUCAAGCAGCCAAGCAAAACAUUGAAACGCAGUUGAAGAAAAAGAUGAAAGAGUUUGAAAUUUCUGAGGCACAUGUUAAGAGCCUUCGGAGCAAACUUGAGGAGGCAUUGCAUGAGAAGCAAAGUGAAAUACGAAAAGUUGAAACUACCAUGCGGCAAGAGAAGGCGGCACUGGAAGCUGAGCUUGCUAAACAGUCUCAGUCAGUGAUUUCAUUGGAGGCUAUGAUCAAAGAGGAAUGCCAAAUCUCACUGAACUUAAAGGGAGAGCUGCACACUAAAGAAGCAACUUUAAAAAUGCUGCAGGAGGAGCACUUAGUGCUGCUGGCGAGAAUUCAAGGUUUAGAACAGGAUCUGGAGGAGGUGAAGGAUGAUGGGACAAAACUCACUGAGUGGGAGAAUAAUAAGCGUGACAUGGAUGUCCUCGACCGGAGGUUGGAAGAGCUCACGCAGUCUGAGCAGAUACUCAAACAAACCAUUGACAACUUCAGAAAGACAGAAGCUGCUUUACAAGGAAGAAUUCAAGAGUUGGAACUGUCAGAGCAAAGGCUCCUGAAUAAAAUCAACGAGUUAACUUCCAAAUCACAGCAAUCAAUGACCAGUGACCCACUACUUGCAGGAAAGCUUCGGAGUCUGCAAAUUUCAGAGAAGAGUCUUAAAUUUUCGCUUGCUGAAAAGGAGAGGUCCGAGGAGAUGCUGAAGGGAAAACUGUGGCGUUUGCAGAAUCAGCUCAGGAUGAAAGAGGAUGAGAUGAAGAAGCAAUCUGAGUACUUUGAGCAUUACAAGCAAAAGCAGCAGCAGCAAAUGGUGAAGCUGAGGGAACGGGAGCAGUUCCUGCACAGCCAGAUCUUCAAACUGGAUAGAGAGAGGAUCGACCUAAAUGCGACCAGUGUCAUCCUGAAAACUGAGCUGCAGCAAGCUACGGCAAAGUUCACGAAGCUGGAAAAAGCACAUAGCAAAAGGAGCAAAGAUCUUUCUGAGCACGAUACUGAACUUGUCAACGUGGCACGUUGCAUGGCAGAAAGAGAAAACCAAAUCAAAGACAGUAUUCUCGUGCUUCAGGAUGACCUAAAUAAGCUUUUAGAGAAAGAAGAAGCAACUAACGUGGAAAGGGAACAACUCAGGGAGAGACUUCAGCAAGCCGAAGACAAUGAGGACUUCCUUACACAUAAGCUGGAAGACUUCCGUUCACGGAUUCACGAGUUGAAGUUAUCGGAGAGCAGUCUGCAAGAGCAAACUGAGGAACUGGAAGAGGAGAAUGAGAAGCUGAGAGCAGAACUAAAAGAAAUUCAGGAGAAUGAAAAUUACCUGAAAGAAGUGCUAGAAGAAAAAGAGAAACUGGAGAGCUUAGUUGAGGAGAAGAAUAAACUGCAUAAAAUGACAUUAGUAACUUCCAAGUGUAAGCACCUGAGCAGCAUCUGCAGUGCAGUAUUUCAGCACAUGGAUGAGGAAACCUCACCAAACAGAUACAGAGACCUAAAGAACUCCUUAACUCACUUGCGAUCCCAGCUGCAGAAUGGAGACAUUUUAUUUCGAGAAGAAUUGUUGCAGAGCAAGUGGGCAGCUGUGCUGGACUCAGCUCGGAACAAAACCACUCAGACUCCGUCCAUUGGACAGUGCGUUCAAGAGGCCUUGAUCAUUGCAAAAUUGGCUUCUGAAAGUGUCUGCGAUUACCCAAAAUUAUCUGCAGCUGUGAAGGAAGGACAUAUAAUCCCAUUUCUUGAAGCAAACUCUUGUCUACUGGCAGAUCUAAUGCAGGUUCUUAGAACCGGGGAUGUGGAGAAGGUCAGAGCAAUUCUUCGGAGCUCUGAGAUACAAAAGGAACUGGCCAUAUUGUUGGACCAUGAAGGAAGAGACUCGUUGAGUUGUGAUCUAUCAUCACCUUUUGCUGAAAAGCAAGAGAUCAAUGAGACAGCAAUCAAGAAAUGUGAAGACUACCAAGCAAUUGGCAAUGAAUUAUACAGCGAGGCUUUUGUUCCUGUGGAAAUCACUAAUGUUGAGUCCCAAUCUGAUCAAUUAGAGUUUGAGAGUCAGAAAGUUACGAGUGCAAAAUCAACUUGUCUGUCUGCACAGAAGACUGUAGAUUUCACUGAAUGUGAUACAGCUACUUGUAUACCACUUAAGACACAUUUCAACUUGAAAGGAGAUCUUGCUAGUAUAGACCCAAAGGCAUUGACUGAAACCAUUAGAAAACUUGAGGCUAAACUCCAGAGACUUCAGGCUGAGAAGGUGGAUAUGGGUCAGCAUUUGCAGUGUACAAACAGCCAGUUGCUUCAUGUAUCUGAAGAGAAAAGUAAAUUAGCAGAUGAAUUGCAUCUUGCAAAUAGCGAAGUGAACCAAUUAUCUCAGAAGCUCGAGGAGAUAACCGAAGAAAAGACUCAGGAGAAAGAAUCCAUGAAAAACAACUUGAGGAAAGAAAAUGAGGUUCUGGAAAAACGAAAUAAAGAGCUGCUAAAUGGGAUAGCAAAACUGGAAUCUGACCAAAGAGAACUGGAGGCAGCCUUUCGAGAGAAGAAUGAGGAAUGUUUACAGAGAAUGUCUAAGCUAAAAGACGAGAAGAGUAAACUGGAAGACACAAUUAGCUGCAUGCAGAAAGAAAGUGCACAGAACUUAGCAGAAUGUCAUCAAAUUGUUGAAAACUUAAGCACACAAAAUGAGGAGCUGAAGGAAAGAGUAUCAGAGCUGGAAUCCAAGUAUAAUACACUCGCUGACACAGUGACAGGAUUGAAGCAAGAGAAAGGAGAGCUGAUGAAGGAAAAUGAGCAUCUGCUAAAAAACAUUAAUGAACUGGAGAACGAGAAGGCACGAAUAAUACACCAAACUGUGCACCAGUUAACAAGAGAGAAUGAAAAUCUUUUAGCAAAGGUCAGGAAAUUGGAAAGUGAAGUAGAGACGUACUUUAUUGAGAGCAGUGCGGUACAAGACAAAAUAAAUCAUUUGGAAAAUGAGAAUACCAACUUGAUAAAUUUGAAGGAAUGUCUAGUUAAAGAGCUGAGAGCCCAGGGAACAAGUGAAAUAACUAAGCAAGAUGAAUUAAAGCAACAAAAUGACAAUUCAAUACAAGAUGGUACCUUCAAAAAAGAUGACAGGAACAAGACUGAGAAAAUGUGCCAAGUGCAACAAAAUAUGGAUCUGCGGGAACAGAAUGAUACAGUAAAUGAUGGAUUGGCAGAGUCAUCAAUAGUUAAACCCUUGGGAGGAUCUAACGAUUACCAGAACUUGAGGUGCAAAAUAAAUGCAGAAGACCAAAAAUACCUUGCUGAAGAAACUGGAACUGUCACAGAAACAUGCUUGGAAGAAAAUGCAAUGGUGAAUGAUGUAGCUUUUGAAGUCGUUAAUUAUUCUGACAAAAAUAAGUCAUUGGAAAGUACUGUUAAGGAAAAGGAUCAAGCCCUGAAAAAGCUGAAGCUGGAUUAUGAUACUUUACAAAGAAAACUGAUGGAUAUUGAGGAGAAAUCUGCAACUGCUGACAUAAAAUUAAAGCACAAGGGGCUGGUUUUGCAGGGGAAAGAGAGCCCAGCUAAGAAACCUGUGACUGAGACGCUGCCGUUGAUCGAAAGGAACAAUGCACUUGAGAUGUUACUUGAGAAAACAGAAAUGGAGCUGAAGUCAAAACAAGAAGAACUGGACAAGACAAAAACUGAGGCUCAGAAGUGGCAAAGAGAGGUGGGCUGUUCAGAGUCCCGAGCUGACAAGGUCCAGGUGGAGCUAACAGAGGUUUUAUCAGAGGUGGAAAGAUUGAGGAAAACUGUGAGAGAGCAGGGGCGCCUAAAAGAGAAAUUUCAUCGGAUGGAAGAAUUUGAAGAAUUGGGCAGGAAGAAAACAGAGGCUGAAUUGCUGAUAGCUCCAUUAAAGGCAAAGCUAUCCAGUCUGAUUCAGAAAUGCCAUCGUAGGAACAGUCUGAUUAUACAGUUGGUGAGGGAACUCUACCGACAUGGCUUGACUAACACAGGGUUGAUUGAAGAGGCUGAGGACAUGCUGAAUGACACGGCAAUCCUGGAGUAUACACGCACCUUUCUGUCAUUAGGCAACCAACAGGGGAACAUGAACACUAAUUCAAUCCCAGCUGGAACUCCUAAGCAAGAACAAGGCUUGAAUCCUUGGUUUCUGAGCUCUCUGUUGCAUGAAAGGCAAGCUUUUCUGGAUUCCAGUGGAGCUGUAACCUACAGACCACAUGUAGCUAUUGCUGAUUAUCGUCCUUAUUCGAACAUGCCCCACACGGUGCUGCCAGUGCUGCCUCUUUCUGUUGGAGAUGUAGUGUUUGUCAGCGGGAACCCUGACAGGCACGGAAUGUAUGUUGCUGAAGUGAAUGGGCAACUGGGGCUGGUUCCAGCCCGGUUUGUGGAAGAGGCUGACAGCAUCCUUCAUCUGCACACAACUAGGAACAAACCGACUGCUCGUUACAGGGUGAGCAGCCCAGAGAGGAGUACAACAUCAUGCCAACCAGCCGAGCACAGUAACAAUGACCAGGUCGUACCUUCUGUAGCAAAUUCUAAUGCAGAUUACAAUUUGCUGUCUAUUCCUUGUGUGAGCCACAAAGAUGCACCUCAGUCUUUUCUAUCAAGGUCACAUGAUAACAUGGAAAACUUCAACUUUGAGGCAUGUGGGAAAGCCACAGGAAAGGGGCAGGAGGAAGGACAUCACCCUGAGCAAUUUCACUGGACCCCACGGGACUGCUGUGAGAUCUCUUAUGGAUGGGCUUGCAAUGAUAGAGGUGACCAGAAAAGUAUAUUGAGCUCUGGUGAAAGUACAAGCAGCACACUUCCAGAAGUAACAACAAGAAGUGGUCUGUCAGAGAGAAUGGUGUCAACUCUUAAAGGUCAUAACAUCAAACACAGGGCAGCAGCUGAAUUGCAGGAUGGGAAACGAUCAACGAUGGCCCAAGAGCCCCCCGCCCCAGUUACUUCACUCCGUAUUAAUGGCCCCGUUGGACAGAACGGCCUGCUGAUAAUUUGGGAGAAACCUGUCAUGGAUGAAAAUGGAUGCAGCAAUGGAACAUUCAUUCAAGGUUAUCGGAUAUUCAUUGAUGGUGAGUUUUACAAGUCGAUAAUGGGGUCAGCCUGCACAAAGAUCCUGUUGGAAGAUCUUGACCUGAGUGUGCCAUUUCAAGUCAGUAUCCAAACGGUUGGAGCCAAUGGUCUGGUUUCUGAGAAAUUUACUGUCCUAUUUCUAAACAGCCAAUCACAUAAGAAGCCAUUAUCAGUGCAACCCCACCUUUCACUGACUGAUCAGACUAACAAGACUUCAGAGACACUACAGUUCCUUGCUGUUUUUGAUUACAAUCCAUUACAAGACAGUCCCAAUAUUCAUCCCAGCCAUGAACUGGCUUUUAAAGAGGGAGAUAUAAUUUGUUUGUAUGGAAAACAAAGAAAAGAUGGCUUCUGUGAAGCAGAGGUUAAUGGAAGGCGAGGUCUAGUACCAACAAGCUUUCUUGGUCCCAGCUUUGAAUUGCCAAAAACAUUGAAACACAAAGCAUCUCAGUCAAGGUCAGUGAGUUCACCUCCAGGGCAUCAUGGGAUAGCUGAGAUUCCUAGCUCCUUAGAAGACAUCCACAAACAAAAGCUGAAUGACCGGCAAUGGUUAUUCAGAAGAACAUGAGACAAAGGAAAGUGCUGACUUAGUCACAUGACUUCGGUGACAAAUCUACAUCAAUGUUCUUCACAGAAAUGUACUACAAUGCUACCGUCCUGCUGCAAACAGAUGAAAAACAACACUCAAAGCUCAACAUAAAAUUUCCUUAUUUACGCAUUCUAAAACAAAACAUGUAUAAAAAUUU